AUGGUGGACUGCAACAGAUCCCCCGAAGAUGAUGCGUGUGAGAAGCCAGUCAGCUCUGUCCAAAAGACUGUCAUACCCGUCUGUAUCUUCGUCGGAAUCCUCUUGAUCGCCAUCAUUGUCUUUCUGUAUUCCAUUCGCCGUCGUGCUCGUCUGGAACGCCAAUGGGAGCAACAAGCGCGAGCAAAGUACGAAAAUGCUUUCAACAACCAUGAACCGCAUGGAAAGACAGACACCAACGUUCCUGGGACCAGACAAACGGACGAUAAGGGCGCGCAUAAAUCAUGA